AUGUCUACUAUCACCGAAAUAACGAAUUAUCGUUCUCAACGCUUGAAAGGCCCUACCGAUCAAAAUGCGAUUCCAGAGAAAUACCUGCUUGGGUUAGAUCCGGAGUGGCGUCAAAUGUGGCUGGAGCAUGGACAGGAUAUCUCUGAAGCGCACUUGGUCACCAUUGAGGAGUUUCACAAAUGUCCAAAGAAAUAUAGCUUCACUUACCCUACCUGGACAGCAUGGCAGACAAUUGACCGUGUGUUAGGCCCCGAGGUACACCAAGUCCAGGACAUUCAAAUUCCUGUAUCAGACCCAGCAGGAUCUAUCACCUGUCGAGUAUACACACCUGCUGGACCAGGACCAUUUCCAGUACACCUCAACUUUCACGGCGGCGGCUGGGUCCUCGGCGGACUCGCAUCCGAAGCCGCUUGGUGCCGAAGCAUCUGCAACGAGUCUAAAAUCGCCAUGGUUGAUGUAGACUACCGCUUGGCCCCAAAAUAUCCCUUCCCAACCGCCUUAUAUGAUUGUUGGUCUGCUCUUCAAUGGGUAAUCGCCAAUGCCAAAUCAUUCAACAUUAGACCUGACUCGAUCUCCAUUGGUGGUCUGUCAUCAGGCGGAUUGAUCACAGCUGUUUUGGCUCACUUCGCCAGAGACAACAAUCCCCCAAUCGAUCUGAAGCUCCAGCUGAUGAUUGUUCCUGCUACCGAUAUGCGAUAUGUCCCCUUGUCAAUCACUGAUGCGCCUCCCCUAACCGAGAAGACCUGCCCUUAUCCGAGCGCCAUCUUCAACUCUGAUCUUCCAUGGUCACCUCUCGCCAGAGAAUCGUGGUUUCUCAAUUAUUAUAUUGGAACAGACUCAGUGAAAAGGGAACAGAUUCUGUCGGACUGGAGGAUGACGCCAGUAUUGGCCCCUUCGUUCAAGAACUUGGCCCCUGCACAUAUUAUUACGGCUGAAUUUGACGUUGAGCGGGACGAGGGAGAGUAUUACGCAAAACUUCUGAGCGAUGCAGGAAAUGCUGUGACGAUGAAGCGAUACGCAGGUGUCCCUCAUGCAUUUGCUCAUUACAACCACCCGGAAAAGGGCUUGAGUAAAAGCCGAGAAUUUAUCAAAGACUCGGCAGGGUUGUUGCGGAAGGCUCAUUACCGAGACUCUGUGAUUUGA